AUGAAUGGCAACUGGCAUAAUGGCAACGGAGGCGGGCUCCCGUUCAGAAGGCCUCCUCCCACAGUGGAUGAGGCCCUUCCGUACUCGCCCUUUACCUCCAUCAUCCCCUUCUCGCCCGACAUGAUACCCUUUCCGACCGCCGAACCUCCUACCCCACCCUCCACCUUGAACCUCGAGCAACAGAAGGCUGCGAAGAAGGCUGUGGGAAUCUUGAACGCAGAGAUCGAAGGCCAGUCCACCGCCCAGCAUCUACACGAUACCCUCAAUCAGCUUCGUAACCUUUUGCUUCGCGACAAACUGCCAGAGUAUCACUUCAAGCCUAUGCCACAACUAGCAACCCCUCCACCCGACAGUCCUGUCAAGGGCACCAACGGAGACACUCCCAAAUUUCUAUCUGCGUUGAGCCCUUUUGCGCGCAAGCUCUAUGAACAGACGGAUGUAGCAUUUACAGCACCGAGUGUCAAGCCACUCGAACAACCUCGAAAAGAAUACGCUCCUUCCCGAAACGCUCCUCCCAGAAACGAUCCUCCCCGAAUUGCUCCUCCUCCUCUUCCUCCACAACAGGCUCGCGUAGCAGCCCCACAGCCGCCUGCCACCCCCAACGGCCAUGCCUACGCACAAAACGCAGACUUACCAUAUUCGUCGAGCGCUCUUUCAUCAGUUCCCAGCAGCACACCCAUACGACCUCCCGGCCCGGCCGUUAUGAUAAAGCCAAAAGCCGUCCCACGCGGAGACUACACGUUCAUUGACAAUAUCGACAUAGGAAAUUUGUCUCAAAAGAAGGAAGACAACCGAGCCGAGGGUGGCGCCACAGUUUUAAGACCUCACGAACGGGAGAUCGCUGACGGCAAGAUUGACGUGCUGGACUCUUUAGUCACCACUUUGACCGAAGACAAGGAUGAUCUGGACGGCUCACUGCAUUUUACCAAAGUCAUGACUCCUGAUGGCGAAUUCAGCGUGCUCAAGUCCCGGUCCAUGGAUAAUCUUUCCGAAAAGAUGUCUGGUGUAGUCAGUCUUGGUCGCUUCAAUGUGCUUCCUGUAGAUUUGGCCAUGCAGAUACAAUCGCUCCUGCACCCGGCUGUCGUAUCAACUACCAAGAAUGGGCUCUUUCCCCAGGAGGAGGCUAAUUUGGAGCUUACGGAGAGCAUUGCAACAGCCAAAUUUGCACUGAAAUCAUCCAAACUUCUACUAGAAACCAUGAUCGAAGGUCGCGAUGACUACCGAAUGCGACGAGAGGACAUUAUUGAUACCAUUGUCGAUCUUACGAAGCUGAUCAAGGACGCCUGCAUCAUUCCUGUCGUCCGAUCUCGACGGUUUGGCGAGGCUCAAGAUCUGUUCAAUGCAGCGUCAGCUCACAGGCAAGACCUACAGAUGGUACUGCGACUGUGUGGAGCCGUUCUGACCCGUUUUGCUACGCUCAUCGGCAAAUACAACCUGUCGGACCGAGCACUCAAUACCUUGGAGUAUCUGACACUGGAACUACUGGUGGAGCAGAACAGCGAUAAUGAGAAAGACUCCGUGUUCAGUAUCAAGAAGUUUGAACAUUUUCGACAGAAAGCCAUGGAUGUUCUUGCCCAAAUCUUCGCUCGCCACCCAAGCCAACAAUCAUCUAUUCUGGGAGGUAUUAUCAGCAAUCUAGAAAAGCUGCCUGACAAGAAGGCGAGUGCGAGGCAGUUUUUGUCGGCUCGGGAAGUUCCUAUCAUGACUAUAUCUGCGCUGUUCAUGCGAUUCGUUCAGGUAGUCGCAACAAAUUCGAGCACUCGUACUGUGUCGCAAACAGACAACGCGCUCGCAGACAUGGUCGAGGACGAUGUUAGCGAUUAUGAGCCUGGUCAGGCACUCUCCAGGGACUCAAAGAGAGGAGGUGGCAGCGAACCGCCAGCGGUAACUGCUCAAAAACUGAACAUGACCGCCGCCAACAUAGCCUCAUACAUCGUAACACAACUUUGCGAGAAGGCAUCGAAUACCUCCAAGUCGGGUGACAAACCAUUCCGCAACCUCCUGGAUCUGUUCGUGGAUGAUUUUUGUAAUGUCCUUGGUUCUCCCCAAUGGCCGGCUGCUGUCAUGCUAUUGCAAAUGCUCUUAGUCCGCAUGCGAACCAUACUCCAGGACGACCAAGCGACCAAGCAUUCUGUAGUCGACAAAGACAUGGCACUCACAACCAUGGCAAGGAUCGGAUGCGGCGUGAUCGACUUUAGAGAUCAACUCAAGAAGAUGAGGCAAAGACUGGACAUCUCGCAGUCAGAUCUGUCUUCACGACUAGAUCGUCUCGUGAACGAUGCCAUGAGUGAAGACAUCAAAGAGAGGGUUAACGAUGUAGAUUUGCUAGCUUUUGAUGGUCCAUAUCGCAUGGUUCUUGAAUCUUUGGUUGACUACCUCGAUUUGCGACCUUCUCAAGAAGACCCACAUUUACAGGCUGCGACUGGUUUUUAUGUCAGUUCGUGGCUGACGGCUGUCGUCAAGACAUUUCCCGAGGGAGAUGAGGGUCAUAGACCUCAAGCAAUCACAACUGUUCAACAAUGUCUGGAAAGCAUGGUUGCAGACCCCAAAUGGCUCGCUCAAAAGUACAAAUUCCAAUCUGUAUCGGAUGAUCAGAGCAAGCUAGCCGCUGGUGUCAUCACUUUACAAAGCCAGGUGUGCAGGUACCUUUCGCAGAUUGUCAAUCAAAUGCAGAUCUAUGCUCGGGACAAGAGCUCUUCGAAGCUCCGAACAAGGGGGACAGCAGGACUACAACAACUGCUGGACAAAGACUCUCGAGUCAUCUCCGACGAGCAUGUUAUCAACAUGAUUCCAUCACUAAGAGACAGUUCACCAAUGGUUCGAGAGGCGACACUAUCGCUUCUUUCGAACUGCCUGGCCAAAGAACCAUCUCUCGAACGACAUGUUCUGCCACAGAUUCUGGAGAUGACUACAGAUCCCUCAAAUGGCCCCAAGAAGAAGGCUAUCAAGCUGCUCAAAGAAAUAUAUCUCCGCUCUACUUCAAAGCAGGUCAGGCUGAAGAUCGCUGCCCCGCUACUUCUACCUUCACAGGAUGAUGAAAACGCCAUUUCCGAACUGGGUCGCAACGUUCUUGAGGAGAUAUGGUUAACCUCGGCAAAUGCCAAUGUCAAGCCCGAUGACAGUCAGCACAGGCUCAAUCGUGUCCAGCGAGCCGCCUUCAUGGUAGAUCUCUUGGAGUCUGUUGAGAAAAGCACAAUACAUCUAGAAGCCUUUGAGAAGUUCUUUGUUCACUGUCUAUCACCCGAAGCUAAAGGUCCGGCUGCCAACCUCAAGAUCUGUGGACAGCUGGUUGCGGACUUAGUGGACGAAGUCAUUGACCCCGGAAAUGGCACAGAUACCAAGUCUCAAGCACGCGUCAUGAACACCCUCAGCGUUUUCGCGAAAAUUCGACCGACCCUGUUUACGGUCGAUCACUUGCGGCAUUUAAAGCUAUACAUCAAGACUAUCGUCAACAACGACGACGUAGCCCUUGUGCGACCGACGGUCGUCAUCUUCCGGCAUGUCUUGCCGACACUUCCACCCCUUCAACACGCUUUCGCAGAAGAGAUCCGAGCAAGUCUGAUGCGCAAUGUUCCCAAGCUGGCCAAGUGCGCAUCGAUGGCUUGGCCCACAAGCAGAGAGACGCUUCUUGAUGUCAUCCACUGCCUGUGGGCAAUCAGCGAAAUGCCGGGUAUGGACGCUGACAAGAUUUUUGCUACAGUUUGCUCCGUCAUUUGCAACCUUCGACCACUCCUGGCCUCAACAAAGGAGCAAGCAGCUGAAAACAAUGAUCGCAUCCUGUCCUACCUCAUCUUGCUUGGCGCUUUCGGUCAAGUUUGUAGUCUUGAUCGACAGGCUGAGUCUUUCAUCACCAAGCUUCGUACUUUCAUCAGUAGGAAUGAGGCCGUGAAGAAGCAGAUGGAGCCGUUGUUGAACCAGAAGAACCCUCCCCCUCCUUCUCUCCUACUGUUAGAUACCGUUCGACCUUUUACUAUGCAAACUUGGGAGCUCAAAUUUCGCGAGCAAGCCUUGCAAAGCAUGGGUGGCAUAUGCCAGCAGUCGCCAGAGCAUUUCAUGCGUGGUGAAGUGGAGAAAGUAGUCAAGCUUGUCUUUAUCAAUGAAGGGAACGACUCUCUUAGGCACAUCGCAUUGUCUUUCUUCAGACAGUUCUUCUCUGUCGCUGAGCGGCGCUCUGAAACCGGCGCGCAGAUUGCAACGGGCAAAGGAGCUGCCAAUGGCUCGGCGCGCCUGGAAACAUCAUUUACUGCUACAGGGAAUGACCAUGCCACACUGCAUCUGGCGCAGAAAUUUCUGGAAUAUUUCGUGAAAGCGGCGUUGGAGAAUAAAAACGAUUCUGCCGUCAUUGCCACAGACAUCAUUGCCAGUAUUAGUCGACAAGGUCUCGUCCACCCGAAGGAAUGCGGUGCUGCACUUGUCGCUCUAGCGACCUCACCAAACCCAAGCUUGGCUCGAGUUGCAGCGGAUGAGCACAGGCGCAUACACGAAAAGCAAGAGUCGUAUCUGGAAAAGGAAUACAUGCAGGCCAUAUACAUGGCUUUCAAGUAUCAAUUGAACAUGUUCAACGAUCCUCACGGCAUGGUCGAAGCCACGCACACUCCGAAGCUUGCAAAGCUGUUUGAGGCAUUGAAGACGGGCAAGAAAGCAAGCCUCAAAAAGUUCAUCACCAACUUUUGCAAACAAGUUGACUUCGAUCUUGCAAAGCUGGAUGUUAAUGGUACCAUACCGGAAGCCAUCUUGUAUGCCCGUUUCUGCUUGGAAAACCUGGCCUUGCUCGACUUUCCUCACCAAGAAGAGCUUGCUGUGUUUCUUAAUGCGGUUGAGGCAAUGGUUCUGAACACUACAGGGCCCGCUAUUGGAGUUGUCAUUGCCGACGAACUUCCAAAGCAAUACAUGAAUGUGGCGCAACCUCCGCCUCAGGAUAUAUUCCAACAACAAAUGCUAGAAGCUAAUGGUAUAAGUGAGAUGCCACCCAUGUUGCCAGCUGCAGUUCCGACGGCAUCUCAACUUGCCCCUCCAGUAAUCGACGAUGGCAGGCUUCGUCAGAUUACCAUAGCUUGCAUGAUCCUGCAGAUGGUAUGGGAGACUCGCACCUUCGUUCGACGAUGCUACUCAGUGAAGAGUAACGCACCCAUUUCGCAGAAAGACUAUAUCAAACCUGCACAUCGUAACAAUCUCGUUACCGGCAAGGAAAUCUGGGAACGCUUCCAAACAAUCAUGCGCGCGCUCGACAGCCGUGAGAGCAUGGUGAAACAAUGCUACGACUUUGCAGACUUGCUGGACAUUGAUCGCGAGACCUUUAUCGACGCCGAAGGAGAUGAUACACUUGGUGCAGGGUAUGAGACGCCAAAUGAAAACGGCGAGGACGGUACGCCAUUGCCUACUAGCGGUCGCGGCAGAAAGAGGAAGAGCAAUGUUAGCUUAGGUAAUACACCGAAGAAGGCAAGGAGACCUUCUGGAUCGAAGAAGAAGCGGAACUCUAGGACACCGGAUGGUGAUGGCGACUCAGAUUAG